CAACAGUGUCGAACGCGUUUGAAUUAACCGAAUUAACCCUCAAACUGAUCGAUUUUAACGAUAGAAGCUGUAACCUGUAUGCAAACAGGACACGGUGAUUCCUUCAUCUAAUCACUUCUAAUAUUGUUUGAGAGAAGAUUACCUUUUGGAUGUCUUUUUUGAGCAGUGGGAUCCCGACGCCCCCUCGGUGUUUUGUGCUGGAGGGGGGGUGAAGUUGGUCAGCUCGCGGGCGACUCUCCGUUAACGUGAAUCUUUCGCUGUAGUUUCGUGUGCGAUGUCUCUCCGUAGGCAGUAGGUCGGUUGGACACACAUUGAGAGAAGCACAAUAUUUCAUUGUAUUCACUAUAUUGAAUAGGAUACAGGAUUGGUAAAAUUUCGGUCAGUCACAGCUACUUUCUAGUAAUACACUCUGAACAGAUUCAUUAAAUACGCUUUCUAAGAACGAACAUAUUCAUUGCAGGAGGUGUUGGUGUUUGAAUGAAUAUGCAUGUUUGUAGCGCAACACGUCUGUAGCAAUGCCGGUCCAUAAUUAACCGGGGACGCGCUGCGGGGAGAGGCAUCCCAGAGGAGCGGGACAAUGACGGGGCCCACCAGCUGCAGCUCCGCGGCCAACACCAGCAGACACGGCCGCUCCAAGAGCUCCAGCUCAUACUGCCAUUCAAGAUCCGGAGCCGAGUGUGCUACAUCCACUACCACCAACAACGCCGGCCGCUCCUCCGGUGAAGAGGACGAGAAAGACGGCGGAGUUCCCUUUUAUGUCAACCGGGCGGGAUUUCCUAUAGAGAGCGUCACCUGGGAAAGAAUGUGGGCUCACGUCGCCAGAGCUCAUCCAGAUGGCCAAGAAAUGGUGGACAAAAUACGAAAUGCAGCACACCUGCCAAAACAGCCUGUGCCUUCGGUUCCAAACUUCAAGCCGUCCAUGUCAGUUCCUGACUGGCUCCACGCUGUCCAGAAUUACAUGAAGAAUUUGCAAUACAACCACACAGGAACACAGUUUUUUGAGAUUCGGAAAACCAGGCCUCUGUGUGGGCUAAUGGAGACUGCCCGAGAGAUGAUCCGAGAGUCCCUCCCCAUUAAAUGCCUGGAAGCAGUUAUCCUUGGAAUCUACCUGACCAACAGCCUGGCCUCAGUCGAGCGUUUCCCCAUCAGCUUUAAGACACAGUUCCUGGGCCACCACUUCCACCAUGUGGUGCUCGGGCUCUACUGCAACGGCCGCUAUGGCACACUGGGCAUGAGUCGCCGUGCUGACCUCAUGGACAAGGCCCUGAGCUAUCGCACGCUCAGCGAGCUUGUCUUUGAGUUCGAGGACUCCUACCGCCGCUACCAGCACAGUGUGAAGAAGGUGAAGAUUGGUCUGUACGUGCCUCACAACCCACACGUGUUCCAGCCCAUCGAGUGGAAGUACCUGGUGCUGAACCCCUGCAGGCAGGGCCAUGAGGACAUGCGCAAAGAGCUGGAGAAACACGGGCGAGACAUGAGGAUGAAGAUUCUGAAAUCGUCUACUGCGCAGUCUCCGAUUAAAGAGAGGGCCAGAGGGAAGUCUUUAUCCCCACGACGCCAGCGAGGUGUGAGCCCCCAACGACGCCAGGGAGGUGUGAGCCCCCAGCGCCGCCAGUACCUUCACAGAAGAGACAAAACGCCUGCCAUCCUGAGCAGGAAACCAGCAGAGCUCAGCACUCUGACUGAUGGCUACCAGAUCCGUAUCUGAGGGUGAACUCGUAUCGGAGGCCCUGUGCAGCUGGACAGCCUUCUCUCUCUCCAUGUCUCUCCCUCCGCCGUUUACAGUUUUUGUUUUCAGACCAUUUCAUUAUGUGAGCAUAUAUACUGACUGAAUAUCUCAAACAGGAUCAUUGAAGAACACAAAGAAUGCACAGAUUUUAAAUUGAAGAAAUUGGGAAAUUUCAAUUCAUUUUGAUAAUUUUAAGUGAAAUUUUAUUGUACAUGGAAAUCCAUGUUUUUAGAAAACUUUGACUGCUAUAUAUGUAAUGCAAAUGAGAAGAAAACUAUUUUAGCAAGGGUUAAAAAUGAAUGGGGACAUGGAGCUGAAGUGGUAGCUGAGUGUGUUCGAGACAAUGUCCUAAGGUUAUGCUUAAUGCACAAUGACAGAGAUGGACUUUUCUAUACACAGCCAACAUGUGACACGUUUUUUAUAUGUAUUUUUAGUCAGUUUCCGUUUGGGGUAACUAUAAGCAAGACAGCAAUUUGAAAGCCCCAACGGGUAUUACUAAAACAGCAUUAUGGAAAUGUGUGCAUUGCAACAUGUUUGUGUUAUUUUAUUUUUAUGUUAUUGAUGCUCUUUUUUAAGAAAAAGGAAUAUCAAAGGUGGAAUUUACUAAAUUUUGGCUUAUUUUUGUGUUUGGCUUUUAAAUAACCUCUGAGAUAUGUAGCAUAUCAGGCCAAUAUUCCAGCAAAUCUCACAUCACACCAUGUCUGAGUUCAGUGUACUGGUGAAAAAACUAUGCAUGCCCAAUAAAGGCGAAGGUCUGUCUUCCAGACAGUUGUAGCAAUUAAAAGCCUGCAUGGUGGACCUCAGUAUUAGCACAGGGUUAACCAUAGAUAAGUACUUUACCUGAACAAUACACUUAAACAGAAAAUAAACUAGAGUGGCUGACUUGUAUAUUUAUCCCUGGUUAUGAAUAGCUUGUAUCCAUCAAUGUAUUACCAACAUUUACAAAAUUAUUUACAAAGAUGUUGAACCACACAAGUGCAUUAUAAUUCCCCCAUUACCUUGAGGUGUUCAACCAGUGAUCAGCCUGUGCAACCUUACCACCCCCCAAUCAUAACGCAGGGAUUAUCUUUGGGAACCUUGCAACCAUAACCCUCCUACCCCUGACACACACGCGCAACAGCCAGAGAUCAUACUGGCAACCUUCAACAAGGAGUAAGGUGACCUCCCAUCUAUUCAUGCUGUUACUAUAACUGUUACUGUUACUUUGGUAUCUGCUAAAUGUUGAAUGAUUUCAACUAUAUUUUCAUUAAAUGUCCCAUAAAUGAUUUGUGAUAUAGUGUUCUGUCAUAGAAAACAAAAUUGAAGUGGUAAGUAAACCAUAUUACUGGAUGUAUGACUUGGACUGUAUCUCUUACUGGAAACACUACAAGCUCUAAUUUGAAGGUGCUAGUAAGGCAGGAAAUCUGUAACACAUUCAUGACUCGCAUGGUUGGUCACAUCCCACUGGGUCAGUUUUUAAUCAUUUUUAAUUUACAUUCUUCUUUGCUGACAAAAUGUUAUAUUUCACUUUAUACAGAAACUGAAACAUUCCAUGUCCUUUGAGUGUUUUACACGUUUGGUAGCUGAAGGUCAAUUCUCCACACUCUAGUGCAGAUGUACAGAAAUGACUUCUUAGCUUUUUAAAAAUCCUCAUAAAUAAUAAAUAUGUGAUUUAUUGAUUAAAGAGCACAUCAAAUAGAAAUGACUAUCAGACUAGCAGUGAGGAGCCCCUCGACUGGUGCUGGUGGUGUUGCAAUUAACAAUAGGGUAAAAGCAUCUCCAUGACUGCUGAAAUGUAACAAUAUUCUACAAAGUAUUAUUUGAAAUAUUUGUCUGCUACAUAUAUGACCAUUAUGGUACAGUGAGAAAUUUGCCUCAGUCAAAACCCCCAAAUUAAGAUGAUGGGAACAUGUGAGGCAGGAGGCAAUCACCUCGGCAUUUGGGAAAAUGGGGACUUUACUAUGUUUCUGCGAGGUGAGAGUAGUCUUUCAUUUUUGGAAAAAUGCAUAUCAUAUUUAAUAGAGAAAGAGUCAAACAUUUUACUGUUUUAAUGGUCCCAGUGCUUUAUAGUUUCAGCAGCUUUAUAACUUUGUAAGAAUGAAUGAUUUGUCAAAUUGAUGAAGUUGUGAUUCAUCUUGUGUUGGAGCUUAUGGCAUGAUCACUCUGAAGCUUUACCAGGCUGUUCUCAGUUUGUUUCACUGAACAGGCCUUUCAUCUGUGCUGUGUUAAUGCAGCAUUUUUAUAUGUUAAGAGGAUGGUCUAUUCCCCCAUAAGAAAUUCUUGCUGUAUUUUGUCAAGUGUAGCAUGUUGUAAUAAUAAACAUUUGUUUUUUUUCAUA